AUGAAUCGCGUCAGAUGGAUGUACUGGGCCAGAGGCUGGUGGUCCCCAGAAAAGGAGGCCGUGACAGCACUGACACAUGGCAGUGGUGAGGACGAGGCAUGUCAUCUUGCGCCAAGAGUCGUGUUGUGGCGUAUCGUAACGAGACGGCGCCCAGGUACCGCCAAGAGGCCUUCUUCCAACCUCAGGGAGUCGACAAAGUUUCUCCCGUCUGACACUGGCAGCAACACCAAUCUGCACACCGUGCCCUGGAGCACAGCGAGAUUGUACGGUAUCGCCGCCAAUUUCAUACGCGGCACGAUGGUGCCCGAGAAUGAGAGGCGGUUCGACACUGACAGCUUCACAGUGCUCGGCCAGGCCCGUGUCAAGUCUCAUACCGCCACUGCCCUACCUAAGCAGUUCGUCGCCUGUGAGAUCCAAGAUCCCAAUCUUGUCAUCCCCAACUAUCGAUCCCAAAUUUCCAUACCAAUCUACGGUGAAAAGUAA